AGCCCUCUCCUGCAUCAUGUUUGCUUUUUAUUUCUUCACAAACACCGCAUUUCAAGUCCUUUUCAAAAAUAAGUCUUUAUCUAUAUGUAUAUGCCUUAUCGUGGACAGCAGCUCGGUCCCCCCUAAGAAUGGCACACUAAAAGAAUAGCAAGUUCUUAAAAUUUAAGAGAAAAUGCCUUAUUAGGUCCUUUUGGGUCCCUUUUAAAAAAUACUGCCCAAUGCCUCGCUUUCACCCAUUAUCUACGACAGUAUAAGUUGGGCAGCCUGUGGUUUUGAACCCAAGACAAAAUGGUCGCUUUUUGCAUGAACCGUGUUUCAAGCGGGGUCAUCAUUAUAUUUGCAGCUUUAAGCAGCUUUUCUGUUGGACAAAACACGUGUCCAAAGCAAAAAGUCCUUCUCCAUAAUGUAAGUCCUCAGUACUAUUUGGAUAAAGGAGAGCGUAUAGAGGUAUGGGCCAAAAUGAUCCCAGAGGCUUGGCAGGAUAAUCGAUUGAUAGGUGGAGUAAGUGAUCCAUCCCUCUUAUUGUUCAACAUGACAAGUGUUCAAGCAUCAACUACAUUUAAAGGAGUCAUUACAAGAAAUGUGACAGCAGCCAUAACUAGUAAACCUAACAUCAAUCAAUCAAGAGCUAGUCACAAGAGUGAAUUCUUCAUCCAGGCAUUUUCAGAAGAUGCCUCCUGUGAGGCAUUAAGAGUGGCUACCAACAUCUCCAUUGGCUGUCCUCUUUACAGACAUAUUCAACCAAGAAGGCUUACAUUUCUUGGAUGCAAUGAGCUUCUUUCCAGGUCACAAGUUGUUAACACAUCAUUUGAGGUAUGCAAACUCAAAAGACAUAUUAGGAUGUUUUAGGGGUAGGAC